AUGCACGUACCAGGCGACACUGCCGAACCGAGUUUGAGCAUCAAAACCCUUGAGAACGAGAUCGAGACCAACAUCUCACUCUUGCGUACAAAGUCGUCUUCCCUUACAACGAGACUGCCUCCUCGCCCCGGCUACGGAACACAGGGAAAAGAAGUUAUAUUGUGGACAAACUAUUUUGAGCUAGUCUCGUACGGCAACCAGGUUCUGCAUCGAUAUAGUAUCGUUAUCCUGCCAGACCAUUCCGGGAGACGACCCGCCGGCAAGAAAGCCCGACGGCUGGUUGAACUGCUACUCGAGGAGCAUCUUUCUCAGUACGCCACGCGGAUUGCCACGGAUUUCAAGUCAAAUCUUGUUAGUUCUACCGAGCUGGACAUCACUGAAGACAGCUACGAUGUCGUGUAUCGGGUCGAGGGCGAAGACGAUGCCCCGGCUAAUGCUAGACACUACCAUAUCCGCCUCCUGCGCACUGGUUCUUUGACGGUCUCUGAGCUGUUGGAUGACCUAACCUCAACCAACGCCACGGGUUUGUUUGGGUCCAGAGAAGAGAUCAUCCAGGCGUUGAACAUGGUUGUUGGAAAUCAUCCCAAAGCAGCAUCACAUAUUGCAUCCAUCGGUUCGAACCGGCAUUAUGGGCUGACCGCGGCAGCAUCUGACCGAAAGACAUUGGGUGCUGGGCUGGCAGCGAUCCGGGGAUUUUUCAUCAGUGUUCGAGCCGCCACUGGCCGUCUACUCUUGAAUAUUCAAGUUAAGAACGGGGCUUUCUAUGGAGAUGGCCCCCUCGAACGACUCAUGGCCGCUUAUUUGGAGAGUAAUGGACACAACCUUGUAAAACUUGCUAACUUCAUCAAGAAACUCUCGAUCAACGUUACUCACAUCGUUCGGAGGAACAGCGCUGGUCGCCAAAUACCUAGAUUCAAGGUUAUCACCGGGGUCGCCACCAAGAAUGAUGGUUUCGCCUUAUCUCAUCCACCUAUUGUAGGUGGAUACGGAGCUGGGCCGAAAGAUGUCAGAUUUUGGCUAGAAAGCACGAGCGAAUCGUCGUCCGCCGCCACAGCUAGGCCAGGUACUGGCACUAAGUAUAAGAAGAAGGCGCCCAAGUUAAGCCCGGUGGCUCCUCCUAAUGGGCGAUACAUCAGCGUCUACGACUUUUUCUCCUCCGGUGUGGAAAGCCUUCCAAUCAUGGGACCUUACGCUAAUGAUCGCUAA